AUGGUAAACACUGCAUUUGAUGUAUUCUUAUUGGAACUUGAUACUUUAAAAGAAUCUGCAUCUUCUAUAUUAUUUCCUUCUAUUAAUUCAUCUUUGACUUCAGAAAACGGAUCCGGUGAUGAAUAUACGAAUGAGAUAUUCUGGUGUAAUAAAGCGGAAAAAUUAGCUACUUUAGAGCAAGAAAUACAUGAAUAUCAAUCAAACAAAACAUUAAAAAAUAUUGAAAAAACAUUAGAUAAACUUCAAUAUCAAAUAGAUCAAAUAUUACAAAUACAUUUUUCAGAAACUAGAAAUACAAAAAAAUGA